AUCCAUAAAAUACUAAUCUUCCACUUAUUCAAAACACAAAAAGAAAGAUAGCUUAGAAUCUUCUUCAUUCUUCAACCAUUUCUUCUCAUUUCCCAUUUCCCAUCUUCAAACCAAAAACACAACCACCAUGGUGCAAAGAAAGCACACCCUCCUCCACCUCCAGCCCCUCCACACCCACCACCAUGACUCCUCCGCCGCGAAGAGCCCUCGCGGCGCCGACCUCAAGGCCAAGAAGAUGAAGAAAUCCGCCCCCAUCAAGCGCCCCAAAGCGGCGACGCCCAACUACAUGAAGCCAACCACCAGCUCGGACGCUAGAAAGGAGCAACCGCAGUCGAGAUCACCUUCCCCGUCAAGCAAGAAAAGCGCGACGAAGCCGAGCUUCAAACCCUCGAGUAAGACCGUUGAUGCAAAGACAGCCACAUGCUCCUCCACUUUGAAAGACUCAAAGUUCCCUCCUUUUCUUUCCCUUAACAAAAAAGGCCACUCUGACAUCAAAGUCUGCCCCUACACCUACUGCUCCCUCAACGGCCGCCACCACCCGCCCCUGAGCUCCUUCAUAUCGGCUGCCAGGCGUGCCCGUGCCUCCCCUGCUCGACCCGAUGAUGAUCCUUUCUUUGUUGAGAUUUACACGACCCCACAAGACCGAGUCUCUGAAGAAUUAUCGCAGGAUUCCUUCGAUGAUAAUAACAGUUGUAUGGAUUGGGAGAGUGGCUAUGGAUACGGCGUGUUUCUGCAAUAUGAUUACAAAGCAGAGGAUGCAAUCGAAAUCAAACACGAAUUUGUAGAGGAAAAAGUUUUGAUUGAGGAAGCAGCGCAGGAGUCCUUUGAUGAAAACGGCGGCUUCGACUCUGAUUCCAUUUCAAGCAUCGAAAUUUCAACACCUCUUCAAGAAGAAGAAGAAGGAAAAGGAAGAAAUGAAGAAUAUGUGGUGUCCUUUGAUGAAAACAGAGGUGAUGCCUUUUCAAGCCUAGAUAUUUCAACACCUAUUCAAAAAGGAGAAGGGGACGCAGAAGGAGAAGAAAAAGGAGGAAGAAAAGAAGAAAUUUCUUCAUUUGAUGUUGUAAGUGAAGAAUAUCUACCAAAAGAGGAAGUGGAAAAAACAGAGGAUGCUCUGUUUCAGAUAGCAGAGGAAGGGGAGGAAGUGGUCGAUUUCAAUCCACGAGCACCUAAUUUCCUUGACGUGGAGGAGGAUCCGGAGGCGGAGAGGGUUGAUCUGAGGCAUCAGGAUGUGGAUGAGAGGAGGAACUCGGAGGAAUGGAUGGUGGAUUAUGCACUAAGACGAGCGGUGACGAAGCUUGCCUCGGCUAAGAAGAGGAAGGUUGCUCUGCUUGUUGAGGCAUUUGAGGGAGUCAUGCCAUUGCCAUUUAAUCACUACUUGAACAAGUUUGAUCACACAAGGUCUAUGCUGGCUUGCAGCUGAUCAGGUAACACAAGUUUAUCUUAAUCCAGAAAGUCUAUGUUGAACACCAAUCAUGUUUAUUUGGGGCAAUCUGCCUAAGUUUGUUUGCUGUUUUGUUUACUUUUUAUGAGUAGCCUUGAGCUACUUGUGAUUUUGCUGGUUUUUUUGUAAACUCCAAAUCCACUCUCUCAGUUGGAGUGUUGAACUAAAUCUAUGUUUUGGUGGAAAUAUUAACACAUGCUUACACUAGCAUCA